AGUCUGCUGCUCGCAUUGAUGCUACUGUCUUCGGCACUGCACAGGAAGCAGGAAGAGUCUAAACAUGCACGUUUCUGCAAGUCAACUGCAAGUCCAAAUCUGAGUUACAAUCAAGCGGGGAAUGCCUCUGCCAAGGUUUUUACUGUAAGAUGUCUAUGGUCCUGUUUGCCUCCGUGGUGCGGGUGAAGGACGGCCUGCCCCUCUCUGCUUCUACUGACUAUGAGCAGGACAAAGGGCUUCAGGAGACCAAGAAACACCUCAAAGGCCUAUCCAAAAAGCUCAGCCAGUUUCCUGACCGCUGCUCUUUAAAGACUGGCCAGUACAAUGUCAAUUUCACCAGCUCUCUGGGAGUCGGCUAUAUGAUGGUAUGCACAGAGAGCUAUCCCAAUGUCUUGGCGUUCUGCUUCCUGGAUGAGUUACAGAGAGAGUUCCUCGUCACAUAUGACACGAAGCGCAUUACCAGUGUUGUCAGGCCCUACUCCUUCAUUGAGUUUGACACCUUCAUUCAGAAAACCAAGCAGCGAUACAACAGUCCACGUUCUCUUUCCACAAAGAUUAAUCUUGCUGACAUGCAGACAGAGAUCAAGCUGCGGCCCCCGUACCAGCUCUCUCCUGAAGACCUGAGCUCGAUUAACGGCUUCUCCCACAGCACUGCUCCCAAAUAUAAAGGCAUAGCUCCUAAUCAAAUGUUGGAGCCUGUCACCUUGCCAGGCAUAGUGGCAUGCAUCCUGAGCAUUCUAUGCGGUGCACUCAACUUACUACGUGGAGUCCAUGCCAUAGAGAGCAUAAUGCAGAACGAGGACGAAGACUUUAAUUAUGUAAUUGCCUUCUUCCUGGGAACGGCUGCCUGUCUAUAUCAGUGUUACUUAUUCGCAUACUUCGCGGUGUGGAGGAACAUCAAAUCAUUCCUGGCCUUUUCUCUCAUCUGCCUGAGCAACAUGUACCUAUAUGAACUGCGCAACACGUGGCAGAUCCUGUUCCACGUCACAGUCGGGGCUUUCAUCACGCUGCAGAUCCACCUGAGGCAGCCGCAGGGCAAAGCCCCUGACUACAAUGUAUGAACGCCUGCGCAAUGUAUGAAUGCUUUUCUCACACACACACAUUAAAACUUCCCCCAAACAGUUACCAGAAGAAUGAAUGAUGCUGAUAUACGUGAUGUUGGCCCUGGAUUUUUGGAUUAUGUAAGUCUUUGAUCAUCAAACAAACUGAAUGUAGAGUCAACAGCUCAGGAUCCAAUAACAGUUUAAUAACUCUGGUUAUAGCAUUACAUGGUCACUGGUUUUGCAUUUUGUGGCAAAUUUGUAAAAAAACAAAAAAAAAAAACUACUGAUUUUCACAAGGAGGUAAAUAUGUAAUUUCUUUAUAUUUUUGGUUCAUUGAUAUUAUUUAAAAAAUCAAUUGUGUGAUCAAAGAUUGUACCAAAUAUGCAAGACUUUUUAUUUCAUAUCACAAACGUACAGUAAUUUAGAACAUUCAGCCACAACCUUGUAAUCUUUUUUUUUUAAUCAACAAAGUAUUUUCCAAAAAAAAUUCAACAUAGGCAACAGAUAAGAGUGUCACGCGAUUUAUCUAUUUUGAGGUUGCUGUUAUCAAACUGCAUUGCCCUUAAAGCGCAUUCAGACCUGGUGUGUUGUCAUGAGGAUGAUGUGUGCAGUUGUCUCAGUAGUCUCUGUGCUGCCUGCAGCUUUGUCUGGUUGCUGAUGGAUUCAGCUCUCCUUUGGUUCUUUCAUGGCAGAGGAGUGGCCUGCUGAUAUAUAGACUUCUGUUUACCACCAGAGGCUUUUAGCUCUUUUUCAGCUCCCAGCGGGCACCAGCAAACUGAACCCUGACAACUGAAUAAAUGCUUCCUGUUAUAUUUAUGCGCCUGCUUGUGCUAAAGAAAACAGCGCUGACCGAUGAUGUGUUUUUGAAUCUGUGCCAAGGGACCUUCACCAAAGGUUAAAUACUAAUGUCAUUAUUAUAUCAGACUCAGUGUUUUCAGUCUUAUUGUCCAGUAGCUAUAGGGGUCCCACAUCUUUGACUUAUUAUGGGAUGAAUGUUUCUUCUUCAUUUAAACAAAAUGGUGAAUGGCCUGCUACUUACAUCUGCUUUCUUUUGUAUGCAGAAUAAAAAAGCACUGAUGCAUCAAGUCACCUAAAAACACUUUUUUGAAGUUCAUUAUUAUAAACAUGGGGAAAAAAUGUUGGGGUUAGAAAUUAGCACUAACUUACACUGACAAGGCCUUUAUCAGGAAUGUUAACAAUUCCAAUUUCAGGCCAUAACCCAUGUGCUGCUGUAAUCCAUGGAGAGAUCACUGUUCUGUAUUACUGUACCUAACACAGGAGCUCAAUGGGGUCCGAAUCCAGAAACAGGCAAUCAAUGCAAAUCACAGUUUUGUUUGUUUUUACAACAAUUUUUAAUUGAUUUGGAUGUAUGCUUGUCUUUAUCCUGGAAGAAGGGAUAGUGUUAAGGAUUUUGAAAAAAGCCUUGACAUUUGGUAAAACCGGUGAUUUCACCAACCUUCAAAAGUUCCUGUGAAGUACGAGACACAAAGUCCCAAAGUGUUCAUUAUCCACCACUAUAUUCUAUAGUGAUUAAUAGAUGUUUUUAUCCACACACACCACUGGUGCUGAGGCCAGAAAAUUACAUUCUUCACUCUGAUGCAGUUCCUAACUGCAACACACUGCUUAUCAUUGUCUAGGUACAGCACUUUAUCAAACAGCUUUUUCUGGUUUCCACUUCUGGCUAGUAGUUGCUUAUGACUAAAGAUUUUUAGUCAUAAGCAACCUAUAGAUUUUGGCAAUUUGAACAACAAGGGAAUAAUUUAUGACAGGAAGAUAAUAUAAUAUAUUCUACAUAAUUUUGUAGAAUAUAAUAAUCUCAACUGUUCAUUGUCAAAUAAAUUUGCAAAUUCUGCAUUUUUUAGUGACUAUUUUUGAGUAUGUGGAAUAUUUAGUACCCGAUUAGCUGGCACGUUGCUGAUUUUGCCUGUUUGAACAUGAAGUGGUAUAAAAAGGGUUUGAUUAUGCAUUUUGGGAGGUUAUUUAAAAUACACAUCUAACAUGGAUGUUUGACAACUUGAUUAUUGUUGAUUUUUAAAUAAAACCUAUCCCAGUUUAUGUUUA